CUAAUUUCGAAAAUAUCAGGGGUAUAAACUUCUCUUUUUUUCCUUUCUUCUUCGUCCGCAAAUCAAACACAAAAUCAAAUCAGCUCUUCACUAUUUCAGUUUAAUCUUUUAACCCAACCCCAAUUCAAUUUUUAGAAUUUCAAUUGAAAUCUCGGCUUGACGCUAACCUAACUUUACAUCAAAUUCGAUUUCACAAUCAAGUUAUUCAAUUAACAGCCUAAUUUGGAGCACAGACAUCAACCAAUACAGGUGCUGCUAACCCACCUUGAUGCUCAUAUGUUAUAAAUAGUUGGGAAACUAAUAUAAGUGCUGCUAUAUUUUUACUUCUAAAAAUUUAGCAUUUACGGAAGGGAAUCAUCCCAAAAUUAGGAUACGUCUCCGUGUUUAUUAGUCGACUUUAGUUGCUUCAAUUCCUUUCAUGAAAUUUUGAAUGGGUUUAGAUGUAAUGGUUCUCAUGAAAUGAAGCUUUUAUUAAACUGUCAACUUUGGCUGUAUGUUGAACUUGAAUUGUGUAAAAUACAAACUUCUGUUACAUGAGCUGCACGUAUCUGACAAAAUACCCCAAUGAAACAAUUGAUUUGGGUAUCUCUCAUUUGGUACCUUAAUUUGUGUUGACAAAGAGUAAUACUCAAACUCAUUGAAUUUGAGUAGCAAACAGUUCAAGAAAGCUUGAAUUUGAGGUGUUUCUUUUUAGUUUAGUACUCUACUUCCUUCAUAAUCAAAUUUUGGUUAUUGGUUGAUUUUUUUCUUUAAGCAUUGUUAUUAGUUGAUGUCCGUGCUCCUAAUUUUACAAAAGCUACUCUUAAUUGGGUGCUUUCCUGAAAAUGGUGAUGUUCUUAUGGAAACUUCUACAGAUCCCCGUUCAGUAGAUGACAUUUCGUUUGUGCUGCAAAAUGUCUCUUAAUUUGUUUCUUAAUGCAAUGUCAGCACAGAAGGAAACAAGAGAAAAUGUUUAACCAUAGAAAAUGUGUAAAUGGGUAUUUAUGAUUGAAGAAAUAUCUGAAAAGUCCAAUUUAGUUGGAAUGGGAUGGCAGGCGCAUCGCGCAUGCGUGUUAGACUAGUGUAAAUGAUUGGUUUGAUUAUUUUUUUUCUAUGAUUUUCUCUUAGUUUCAUGUUCUUUGGAAACAAGUUGUUUUCUUGGAAUUUUUCCAUUGAUGGUGAAAAUCGAGAAAUAAAGUUUAUAGAUGGAAAUCACACAAAAGAAGAAGUUGAGUUGAAGUCUUAGUAUUCAAGUAUGCAGUAUAGGGAGGAAUGAUCUUCUAGUCUAUAAAAGUGUGAUGGUAUGGAAAGGGGGAAAAAUUCUGCUAGAGAAAACUUAUAGGGGAUUAAGUUUUAGAAAGGCGCAACACCUAGGAUAAACUAACCUCUGAACAUAAAGCUGUAAAGAUCUUUCUCUAAUCAAGUGAACAUCAUUGGCAGUCUGAACUUGUGUUUUUGUUUGUUCUCGUGCUGGGGUCAAAGUUGAUCAGUGUUGACUCUUGAGAAUUGAUUUUUUCUUCUUCUUCAGGUAAUUUGGAUACCUUACUAUUGCUUUUCGGCAAGUCUCAGAAGGUUUAUUGUGCUGAUUGAUCAAGUCAUGGAUUUUGCUGAGUCCAUGAUAUCAGAACAGGAAGUGGUAAAAGACAAUUUAGGGCCAAGGAAACCCCGACUUCUUCUAGCUGCUAGUGGAAGUGUAGCUGCUAUAAAAUUUGGCCAUCUCUUGCAUAGCUUCUCUGACUGGGCUGAAAUUAAAGCAGUUGUUACCAAGUCAUCUUUACACUUCAUUGAUAAAGCAUCAAUUCCAAAGGGUGUUGUUAUCUAUACCGAUGAGGAAGAAUGGUCAAGUUGGAAGAAAAUUGGGGACAAUGUACUGCACAUUGAGCUUCGCAAAUGGGCUGAUGUAAUGGUUAUUGCUCCCUUGUCAGCAAAUACGCUUGGAAAGAUUGCUGGGGGUUUAUGUGAUAACCUGCUAACCUGUGUUGUACGAGCUUGGGAUUUCAAUAAGCCAUUGUUUGUUGCACCUGCAAUGAAUACCUACAUGUGGAACAACCCUUUUACAACACGACAUCUUGAUGCAAUCAGUGAAUUAGGUAUAUCUGUGGUCCCUCCCAUUACAAAGAGAUUGGCUUGUGGAGAUUACGGAAAUGGUGCCAUGGCAGAACCUUCUGUCAUCUACUCUACGGUGAUGCUCGCUGUUGAUUCCCGAGCACAAACAAAUGGUAACAUUGUUUUAUAAUAGUCAGGGAUUGGUGUCUUUCAAGAGUAGAUAACAGUUUGUAAAUUCUUACUAGGUUUGCUGUACUGUAAUGUGAUCGAACAUGUUGGUUACUGGUUUCAGUAACUUUUGACAGUUUAAACUUGACAUGAAUUGCAGUCUACUACAUUUCUUUGUUUA